GCCGUCGACCUUGCGCACGCCUUCCCAUCCUUCUCCUAGAUGGCGUCUGGGAUAUUUAAUAAUGUGGCCCUUCCCCCGCCACUGUCAACAUGCCACCACCACCGAUCUCAAGCAAGAUCAAGCGAAGAGGAACAAGAUAUAUAUCUUCUCAAGCCCCUCCCUAGCUCCCACGCUUUCCAACGCUCGAGCUCAUGAUCAACCAUCACUUCUACUCUACUGCUCCCACCACCAUAGCAUACAGCGAGCCUUACCUCACAACACCAACACCUACACCAACACCCGGGCACCCGACGAUAACCUCGCGGCCUCAAGCCCCCUUCACAAUGUUCGCAAUGCCCCAACAGCAGUACUACGCGCCGGCCCCGCCGGCCCCCAGGCAGUACUCUGGAACCAGCAGCGCAUUCAGCGCCUCGGCCAACCCUGAUGAGGACUGGACCAAGAUCUCGGACCUUGCUGAGCGCCGGAGGAUACAGAACCGCAUUGCUCAGCGCAACUACCGCAAGAAGCUCAAGAGGCGCCUGGAGGACCUCGAGCGACGGGCGGGCACUUCGGACGGUACCUCGUCUGGCAGCGAGAAGCCCGCCGGAAACAGCAGCAACGGCAACAACAGCAGCAGCAGGAGUACCAAGUCGUCGCGCCCCAGCACCAAAAACACCAAGUCCCAGCAGCUCCAACAGACGCAGGCGCAACAGCCGCAGCCCACACAGGCCGUGGCCCCUCUGACGCCGCCUAUGACCUACCCCAACCAGUUCACGCCCCCGAUGCACCCCGUGGACGACAUCUUCCACCAGGAGUACGACGACCGCGAGCGGUCGCACUCGCCGCCGGGUCUCUUCUACUCGUACCCGCCCCCGGAGGACAUCAUGGUUUCGCAGUACAGCACUUCGCCGCCCCAGGCAGCCGGGCCGGCGCACGUCUACAGGGCGGUCACGGCGGCCGAGGCGUACCAAGACUACCUGGUGCCGACCACGGUGCCGGUGACGCUCCCAUCCCUGACGCACUUCAGCGAUGCCGCGUGCAUGAAGCGGGACUCGGGCUACGGGGAGGAGGUGGCGCCGUACAUGAACUACGGAUACAUGUCCAGCAUGGACGUGUCCGCGCCCGCGCCGUACGACCACUCGAACCCUCAUACGCCCUCUUUGUCGCAUGGCUUUGACCACUCGACCAACUGCUCCGAGUCGGGCUACGAGUACCCCACAACACCACUUUCCAUGUCUGGGUCGCCUGGAUCGCCUGGUCUGAUCUAAAAGCUCAAAUAAGAAAAAAAUAAGAAAAAAGAAAGAAAAAAAAGAGACGAGGGGGUCGGGACCAAACGACCGGACUCGCAAUGACUUAUUGAGUGAAGAGACCAAGCGGGCGUUUUCUGACGCCAACCUAUUCCCCUCCCAUUCACACUUUUCCAUGGUAGCAUCGGUUUCUUUUCAUGGCACUGGGAUCUGGCCCCAACCUCUGUUUUGUAUU